AUCUCAGCACUUCAAAAUCUUCUCAAUGGUAUCAAAGAUCAAAAGAAUUCCGACAAAAUCCAUCAAACCUCGUAGGAGGCAAAAAUCUCCGAUCAAACAUGCCGUGGCUAUCUCCUCCGCUGUCCUCUCCUCCAUCCACCGCCGCAUCACCAAACUCUUCUCCAAAUUGGCGCAAAUCGCUACUCCUAAUCGUCGGCGGAAAGGCUAUCACAUCCUGAAAAAGAAACCCCAUUGGAAAGAAGAACAAGUCUAUGAGCAAUCCUUCAACUCCGCAGGCAUAAAUCUCUUUCCUGAUCUCUCCUUGUUACCUCCGUUGAUUUACCCUCAUAGAAAAACCGUUUUUCUCGACCUGGACGAAACUCUCGUCCAUUCCAGGGUCGACCCGCCACCAGAACGAUUUGACUUUGUCGUGCGGCCGCGAAUCGACGGUGAGAGUACGAAUUUCUAUGUUUUGAAGCGGCCAGGAGUGGAUGACUUGUUAGAAUCGCUGGCGGCAAAGUAUGAAGUGGUGGUUUUCACAGCGGCGUUGGAAGUUUAUGCGUCGAUGGUUCUAGAUCGGGUCGACUCGGAACGACGGAUUUCUCACCGGCUGUACCGUGAUUCGUGCAGGGAAGUAUAUGGGAAGCUCGUGAAGGACUUAUCUGCUAUGGGCAGGGAUCUGAAACGUGUCGUUAUUGUUGAUGAUAACCCAAAUUCAUAUGCAUUGCAACCUGAUAACGCGAUUCAAAUUCAGCCGUUUAUCGAUGAUCUUGGUGAUCAAGAGCUCUGGAAGUUGAUCAAGUUCUUUGAGGUCUCUUAAGGUUUUGAUGACAUGAGGGAUGCUGUGAAGAAGUACAUAAGCUGUUGAGAAUUAACAUACUGAUGUUGACAAGGUUUCUUGUUGAACAAAGUACGUUUAAGUUAAUCGAGGACUCCUUUCCGAUAUACAACAAUGAAAAGAGGGUUUCACCAUGCUGCCAAUAACUUACACCAGUUUCGAUUCACCCAAUGGCGCACCUCCAGCACCUCCUUACUUGAGCAACCAAAAAUGGCUUUAGCAAAAUCGCAACGCGAUUGUGAGAUAAACUGACACCAAGUAGAGGGGUGAAUUGGAUAUUCUCAAUUUUUUCUGAAACUUUUUCUCAAUAAAACAGUAAAAUAGAUUUUUUUUUUUCCAGCACAGCAUUAGAUAAAGAGAGUUUGACUUAUGAAUAUCUUAAGUGGUAAAUUAUGAACUUUGACUUAAACAUAUCUUGUGAAUAUUCAAGCUUUUAGCUGUAAAUUUGCAAAAUUUGCCAACAA